CCGUGACAAAGUAAACUAGGCCACCGGCGGUCCGGUUCUCAUGACAACCGAGCCUGAUCUCCGGACUCGGAGGAGGCCCCUCUGACGUCACCGCCCGCCGUCCUGCACCCGAUGCGGACCGGAGAAGCAAAUCAUGCAAAACAGCAAAGCACCUGCAGCAGGCCAGAGAAUUAUUUUUACAGGUCCAGACGGCGUCGGCGACUACCGCCCGAGGCGCAGCGGUUCCCCGCGGCAACUUUCGUACCUGUGGAGGGCGGCCCCUCGGGCGCCCCCGCCCUUGCCCAGGCGGGCCUGCGUGGGCGAGGUGGGCUGGUGCUGGCAGUACAACGCCGCCCUGAACGAGGCCGCCCUGCGCAGCGGCAUGCAAAUUAAGAAAAGCAUCGUACGAAUGGAAGCGGAGGACCGAACGAGCCACAAUUUCCUGCAGAAAGAAGAGAAGAUGGCUGUCACACAACCCACCCAGAAAAAAGUCGGACAGCAAAAUUGUCACUGACCAGCUGGAGCAGAACACACUGGAUAUUACAAAAUAUUAUAUCAUUAUUUGUUAUCAUUAUUUUUUUUCUAAACCAAA